AGUGUGGGUUUAUAAAUGAUGAAAUAUUUGUGGAAUUAGUCAAUGCACUUGGUCAGUACAGUGAUGAUGAAGAUGACGAUGAUGACGACAAUGAUGAUGAUGAUGACAAUCUUGAUGGCAGAAAUGAAAAACAGAACACUGCAGAGACCAACAGAAUGGAGAAAGAGAGUCAUCCACCUCGGAAGUUUCCUUCUGAUAAGAUAUUCGAAGCCAUUUCUUCAAUGUUUCCUGAUAAGGGUACAGCAGAAGAAUUGAAAGAAAAAUAUAAAGAACUUACUGAACAACAACUUCCAGGAGCUCUUCCUCCAGAGUGCACACCAAACAUAGAUGGACCAAAUGCCAAAUCUGUUCAGAGGGAGCAGAGUCUACACUCUUUUCACACUCUUUUUUGUAGACGGUGUUUCAAAUAUGAUUGUUUCUUACAUCCAUUCCAUGCGACUCCUAACACUUACAAACGGAAAAAUACAGAAACUGCAAUAGAUAAUAAGCCUUGUGGACCUCAUUGUUAUCAACAUCUGGAAGGAGCUAAAGAGUUUGCUGCUGCUUUGACUGCUGAGAGAAUAAAAACACCACCAAAGCGUCCAGGAGGUCGCCGAAGGGGAAGGCUUCCAAAUAAUACCAGUAGGCCCAGCACACCAACCAUAAAUGUGCUAGAAUCAAAAGAUACAGACAGUGACAGAGAAGCUGGAACUGAAACUGGAGGUGAAAAUAAUGAUAAAGAAGAAGAAGAGAAAAAAGAUGAGACUUCAAGCUCCUCUGAAGCAAAUUCUAGGUGUCAAACACCAAUCAAGAUGAAGCCAAAUAUAGAGCCUCCAGAAAAUGUUGAAUGGAGUGGUGCUGAAGCUUCUAUGUUCAGGGUUCUCAUUGGUACCUAUUAUGACAAUUUCUGUGCAAUAGCCAGGUUAAUUGGAACCAAAACAUGCAGGCAGGUAUAUGAGUUUAGAGUAAAGGAAUCUAGUAUUAUUGCUCCAGCACCUGCUGAAGAUGUUGAUACUCCUCCAAGAAAGAAAAAAAGGAAACACAGACUGUGGGCUGCACAUUGCAGAAAGAUACAGCUAAAGAAGGAUGGAUCAUCUAAUCAUGUUUACAACUACCAGCCAUGUGAUCAUCCACGCCAGCCUUGUGACAAUUCAUGUCCAUGUGUCAUUGCACAGAACUUUUGUGAGAAGUUCUGUCAGUGCAGUUCAGAAUGCCAAAACAGAUUUCCUGGAUGCCGUUGUAAAGCACAAUGCAAUACAAAGCAGUGUCCUUGCUACUUAGCUGUACGUGAGUGUGAUCCAGAUCUCUGUUUGACAUGUGGAGCAGCUGAUCAUUGGGAUAGCAAAAAUGUGUCUUGCAAGAACUGCAGCAUUCAACGAGGGUCCAAAAAGCAUCUGCUGCUAGCACCUUCUGAUGUGGCAGGCUGGGGGAUUUUCAUUAAGGAUCCAGUGCAGAAAAAUGAAUUCAUCUCUGAAUAUUGUGGUGAGAUUAUUUCUCAGGAUGAAGCAGACAGAAGAGGGAAAGUCUAUGAUAAAUACAUGUGCAGCUUUCUAUUCAAUUUGAAUAACGAUUUUGUGGUUGAUGCAACACGGAAGGGUAACAAAAUAAGAUUUGCAAACCAUUCAGUCAAUCCCAACUGCUAUGCAAAAGUUAUGAUGGUUAAUGGAGAUCACAGAAUAGGAAUAUUUGCUAAGAGAGCCAUUCAGACUGGUGAAGAACUCUUUUUUGAUUACAGAUAUAGUCAGGCUGACGCCCUCAAGUAUGUAGGCAUUGAAAGAGAAAUGGAAAUCCCUUGAUACCAACUACCUCGCCUAUAAAACAGCUGCCUUAUCUUCAGGAGUUUCUACUACUGUGGGCAAUUUUAUUUUUAAAAACUGAAUUGAUGCAAUUUGGAAUGCAAAAUUUGCAAAGUACUGUAUCUGUAAUUUAUAUUGAGAUUUUAAAAUCAACUUUUUAAUGCCUUUUCACCAGCUGCAACAUGUUUUGUACCAUUGAUCUUUUACAAUACUGCAGUGUGGUACACUUUUUGAACCUUGAAUAAAGGAUACUUGAACUUUGAA